AUGUUCCAGUUUCAUGCAGGCUCCUGGGAAAGCUGGUGCUGCUGCUGCCUGAUUUCACCCGACAGACCUUGGAGCCGGGGCCGGCGCUGGCAGCUGGAGAUGGCGGACACGACAUCUGUACAUGAAACCAGAUUUCAGGCGGCUGUGAAGGUGAUCCAGAGUUUGCCAAAAAAUGGUUCAUUCCAGCCAACAAAUGAAAUGAUGCUCAAGUUCUAUAGCUUCUAUAAGCAGGCGACAGAAGGACCCUGUAAACUGUCACGGCCUGGAUUCUGGGAUCCUAUUGGAAGAUAUAAAUGGGAUGCUUGGAGUUCAUUGGGUGACAUGACCAAAGAGGAAGCCAUGAUUGCGUAUGUUGAAGAAAUGAAAAAGAUUCUGGAGACUAUGCCAAUGACUGAGAAAGUUGAAGAAUUGCUGCAAGUCAUAGGCCCAUUUUAUGAAAUUGUAGAGGACAAAAAAAGUGGCAGGAGCCCUGAUUUAACCUCAGUCCGACUGGAGAAAAUCUCUAAAUAUUUAGAAGAUCUUGGUAAUACUCUAACUACUCCAAAUGUCAAAACCGUGAAUGGUAAAGCUGAAAGCAGCGAUAGUGGAGCUGAGUCAGAGGAAGAAGAGACCCGAGAAGAAGUGAAAAGAGCAGAACAAAGCAAUAAUGACAAGAAGAUGAUGAAAAAAUCAGCAGACCAUAACAGUUUGGAAAUGGUUGUUACCAAUGGCUAUGAUAAAGACAGCAUUGUUCAGAAUGACCUUCACACUAGUUCUUCUCUGAAUGGCAAAAGCAUUGAAGAAGUCAAACUUUUAGAGCAAAACUGUGAACAAACUGGAAAAACUACUGUCUGCAUUCACCACGAUAUAAACGAUGAUCAUGUUGAAGAUGUUUCUGGAUUUCAGCAUUUGACCAGUGAUUCAGACAGUGAAGUAUACUGUGAUUCUAUGGAACAGUUUGGACUAGAAGAGUCUUCAGACAACUUUUCUUCAAGCAAUAGACCAUUUCGAUAUUACUUGAGUGGUGAUUCCAGUCAGCCUUUGCAACAUUCUGGUUUUCCUGAAGAUGUUCAAGUCAUUCCUGUAAACGGCAGCACUGGGCAUGUGCAGGUGGUAGCAGUCGAAGGGAAAGGUGAAGUGAAGCAUGGAGGAGAAGAUGGCAGAAGCAAUAGUGGAGCGCCACACCAGGAGAAGCGGAGUGGAGAAAAUGAGGAGUUGUCUAAUGUCAGAAGAGGGAGAGGGCAUAGGAUGCAACAUUUGAGUGAAGGAGCCAAAGGUCGGCAAAUGGGAAGUGGAGGUGACGGAGAACGCUGGGGUUCAGACCGAGGGUCACGAGGCAGCCUCAACGAGCAGAUUGCUCUAGUGCUCAUGAGAUUGCAAGAAGACAUGCACAAUGUCCUUCAGAGACUUCAUAAACUGGAAACACUGACUGCAGCGCAGGCAAAAUCAUCAACAUUACAGGCUAGUAGCCAGCCCUCCUCACCGAGACCAUCUUGGUGGCCUUUCCAGAUGUCUCCUGGUGCAUUAACUUUUGCUAUUGUUUGGCCUUUUAUCGCUCAGUGGUUGGUGCAUAUAUAUUAUCAGAGAAGGAGAAGCACUUACUGUAGUUUUGAAGUAAUUAACAUUUGUAAAUUUUAUGGUAUUUGA